AUGAAAUUCUUCGCAGUUCUCGCUCUUUGCAUCGUUGGUGCCAUCGCCGCUCCAUUAUCUGCUGACCAAGCAGCUACAGUCCGUGCUUCAUGGGCUGGAGUUAGACACAACGAAGUUGACAUUCUUGCUGCUGUCUUCAGUGAUCACCCAGAUAUCCAAGCUCGUUUCCCACAAUUCGCUGGAAAGGACCUUGCUUCAAUCAAGGAUACUGGUGCAUUCGCCGUCCACGCUGGAAGAAUCGUCGGAUUCAUCUCAGAAAUUGUUGCUCUUGUUGGAAACGAAUCAAAUGCCCCAGCCAUGGCUACACUCAUCAAUGAAUUAUCAACAAGCCAUCACAACCGUGGAAUCACAAAGGGACAAUUCAAUGAAUUCCGUUCAUCACUCGUCUCAUACCUCUCAAGCCACGCUUCAUGGAAUGAUGCUACCGCUGAUGCCUGGACCCAUGGACUUGACAACAUCUUCGGAAUGAUCUUCGCUCACUUGUAA